AUGGAAGAAACUGAUCGAGUUACGAAGAGAACCGUGUAUCAUGAACGUCAAAGGUUGUGGUUUUGUGGUCAGCACACGUUAAAUAAUUUGUUUCAGGAUAAAGUUUUCACAAAGGAACAACUUGAUAAUAUCGCUCUAAAAUUGGCCGAGUCAACAAGUUCAGCGAGUUCGACACGAAAAACUUAUUUUAUUAAUCCACACAAGAGCGUUUUCGAAGUGGGUAAUUAUGAUAUUAAUGUUUUGGAAAUGGCUCUAAAGGAGAAAGGUCUGGAAGUACAAUGGUUCGAUGUUAGAAAAGACAUUCGAACCGUUAUCCAAUUCACCGAUGCAACCCUUUUUGGACUCAUUUUGAACGUUCCAACGAUACGUUUUUAUCUCUGGAAAUCUUAUCAUUGGAUUGCAAUCAAACCCUUCUUUAAACAUGAUGAUGAGAAGUCUGUUGAAGUUUUCAAUUUGGAUUCAAAACUAAACAACCCCGAAAAAUUCGAGGACUUUGAAAAGGUAUAUAAAUUUCUGGAGUAUAUAGUGUAUCAUAAGAAUGGAAAUGUUUUUCUUGUGAAGGCGAGUAUAAAAGAAGAGGAUUCAUAA